AUGGCCGCCCCUUCCCCCUCGCCGGUGGAGGCGGCCCCACCGCUUGAGGCCGCGGCCGCCGCCGAGGAAGACGAGUGGGAUGCUGAUGGAUAUGUUAUUCCUAAUUUGCCCACUCAAGAUAAUGAUGUGACUGAGCCUAGUGUCCCCAAAGAAAAAGAUCCUGAACCUUUACAGGCAAAGGAUGAGAAAAUAUACUUGGGACCUCAUGGAGCUCCACCAUCUCAAGCUAAGCAGCAGGAGCUGAAUACUGUUGGCCGUAAGCAGCGUUUCCGGAACAAGCUGAAGGAAGCAGAUAGGAAAUUCACUGGCAAUGCUCAGGAGAACAAGGUGGAGAGCCUAAGGGAGCUCAUGGGUGCUAGAGGUGGUGCCAGCAUGCCAAAGAGCUCUCCUCGUGAUUGGCUCGACCUGCACUGCCACGAAUCAGAAUUUGACAGAAAACCAACUAGGUGA